AUGCGAGUGCGACGCCCGUUUGGAACCAACCGACAACACAUCGAUAUAGAGUCGGCCGAGAGCGACCACGCAUACAUUACAUGCCGCCCACAAAGCAUGCAGCCGUCUAUCUGCACGCAGACUGCUGUAUGUACCUAUAAUAUAGAGUUUGCAGGAUUCUGUCAUUUACAGCAAAAGAAGCAAGAGGGCACGCCUGCCAGCUGCAAUGCAGCUGCCGCACGCCGCUCGAGGUGCGCCUUACAAUCUCACCACGAGCGACACAUGCGAAUUAUUCAACCAUCUAAUGCAGGUGCCGCUUUGAAACCAUCU